CGCACUUUGGCUGUCAGCCCAGCGAUUGGCCCCGAUCGGUUUCCUUCCUUUCUUUCGCUCAGCGAGAAGCUCCCAUAGAGAUACGACGACUCGUAAUAAGGACGGCCGGGGAGGGGGAGGGGGAGGAGAGGGAACAAAACCGUCCCCAGAAUUGCAGAGGGAGAGAAGAGAGGGGGACCGGUAGAGAUAUGUCACACACCCUCGACUUCCGGUUCAGAACGGACGUUAUGAAUCUGAAACUGGGGUGGCCGCUGUAUCCCGUGACGUCUCUAUGCUGAAAGCACUUUCGUAUGUCCGAGGGGAGAGAAACUUCCGGCAUAGACUGGAAGUUCAGGGCGAAGGGGCUCUCCCGCCCCUUGGUGGGCGGUUCCGGUUCCGGGUUAGCGGCGCUGCCGGUGGUUCUUCUGCGAGGCGGCGGGGAUGGAGGCUGCGGUAGGAGUGGACAAGCUUGAGAGCAGAGGAUGAAGGAAAUGGGUAUGUUUUAGCCUGGAGGAAUAGAAGAGGGCGAAUACUUUUUAGCUGCCCUAGAGGUCAAGAUUGGAGGGCAGAUCUUGGUUGGACGUUAAGGGACAUUUCUUGAUGUGUUAACAUGUUGACAUGUCCAGCCUCGUGCACGUUACGGUCUCUUUAGAGAAGCGUCCCCUUGCAGCUCUCUCCUCAUGGUAACGGUCAGCGGAGGCGCCAUGUCGGAUCUUCUGUUAAACCUGGACACAGCCCUUCCCCCGCGGGCAAAAAAGGGCUCUGAGGGCAAUCCGAAGCACCAGCGGUUUCUCAAGCGGCGGCAGUUCCUGGAGAGGAAGGGCUUCCUGAAGCAGAAGCAGCUGCCGGGGCAGCAGCCUCUCCCCAAACGGGAUGCCUCCCACAAGCGCGCAGGGGUGGACCGGGAGAUGAACAAGAAAAGGCAGAAAUUGGACGUAGGGGACAGCGUCGCCCACCGGCCUAAACCCCUCCCCAAGGAGAAGUCUAGCCGUGAUGCCAAGGACUCCAGAUCCCAGAGCAACAGCCCUUCUGGAGCCCCCGCAGCCUCAAGCAAAGCGGGGAAUUGCGGUGGGGGCGGCUCCGUGAGGCAUAACGGGACCCAGGCCAACCGCAGCGUGGGGGAGGUCCGGAGAGUCGCCCUGCUGAGCGAGCGCGAGAGCGGCCUGCCCCCGCCUCCACCCCCUGGCAAGCCGAGCAAGAUGGUGGCCAUCGACUGUGAGAUGGUGGGCACGGGGCCUGGCGGGCGCAACAGUGACCUGGCCAGGUGCAGCGUGGUCAGUUACUACGGCGAUGUGAUGUACGACAAGUACAUCCGGCCCCUCAACCCCAUCACCAACUACCGGACCAGGUGGAGCGGUAUCCGGAGGCAUCACAUGAAGAACGCCGUCCCCUUCAAGGUGGCCCAGAAGGAGAUUCUUAAGAUCCUGUCUGGGAAGAUUGUCAUUGGUCAUGCAAUCCACAACGACUUCAAGGCUCUCAAGUACUUCCAUCCCAAAUCAUUGACCAGGGACACUUCGAAAAUCCCGCUGCUCAACCGCAAGGCUGGCUUCCCAGAGAACGAGCCGGCCUCCUUGAAACGCCUCACAAGGCAGCUGCUCCACAGAGACAUCCAGGUGGGCCAGAACGGCCAUUCCUCAGUGGAAGACGCCCAAGCCACCAUGGAGCUGUACAAGGUGAUUGAGAGGGAGUGGGAGAGGCAGCUGGCCGCCUCCCCAGCUCAGGACUGACUCUUGCCUCCUGCCACCUUCCGGCCUUGGAAUCUGGAGCCAGGGCUGCAGCCCCUGCCCCCUGGAGCUGUUUCCAUGACGACAGUGAAGACUGUGGGGUGCAUCAGAGGGGGGGCAGGCGGCUGCGUGAUGGGACUGGCGGGGGAGCCCAUUACAGUGUCUGCAGCCAUGGUGCGUUCCUCGCAGUUCUCUCUCGGUCGGGUGCCGCUGGGCCUUCUCACCUUCACCCUGGGCUGGGCUGGGGCGGGCAGCCUCCUGCACUCGGCCGGGGUGUGUGUGUGUUUCGCAGUGGUGCUGUCGGCUCCCCAGAGCCAAGCCAGGCACGGCCCCAGCAGCUGGGUGGCUUCACGUGCUUUUGGGGUUUGGCGCUGGCUGCAGCCUGGAAAUUAUUCAGAACCAAGUGGGCCCAUGAACUAGGGCUAAGCGCAUCCACUUUGCCUUGGCCAGGAGGCCCUUGGUUACCUAACCCUGCCUUGUCCCUCCCCCCCACCUUUGCCCUGCCCCGUAAUGGAGUGCAGCGGGGGGGGGUGCUCCUUGGCUUGGCAGAAAGUUUAGCUCCUUGAACUUUCGCUGAGUGAAGUGCUGCUUGAGGCCUCCCAGGGAAGCUCCAGUUCCUUCCCCCCCCCUGGUGUGCCUGCCAAAUCAGAGCUGGGAGGGCUUGCCCAGUUCCGCCUCUUCCCAUUGGGGCAUCUCUGAGCCCUGCCGUGAUCAGAACGGGCAGGUUUGCUGAGGGCCAAGCAGUGGACGUCUUGACAUGGUCAAGGGAUCCUCCUCGCCUGUUGUGGCACCAUCAGGCCCUCCCCUUGAUGCCUGGACUGACUUGGGCAGCUCCCCUGGGCGGUGGAGGGGGAGAGCUUCUGUUUUCGCCGAGUUUGAGUGGACUCUUGCUACAACACCUCUGCUUGUGACCUUUGGCAGGGGUGAGCAAUGUCCUCCUGUGCCGGAAACAUGGGGCCCCUUCAGCCCUGCCAGCUUCCUCCUUGCAAAGUGGGGCCCCUCAAACAUCCCCCCUCCCAGGCUAGGAGUGCAAGGGGCAGCUGGGAACUGGGCGUGUGGGAUAACCUGGCCAGCUGGGCAGCCUUGCUGUGUGUGGGCCAUGGCUGGGUGCUUCGGAGUCCGGGGGCAGCCCGUGGUGGCAUUGAGCUCCCCUCUGCUGCUUCCCUUCCUUGUCCCUGAUUGAUGCCGUCGUGGGGUGGGGGGCAGUCCCAGGGCCCCCAGCGUCUGUCUCUGUGCAGCUGUGGGGAUCCUGACCCCCCUCUCUCCCACUGGGCUAAGGAAGCCCGCCUUCCCCUCUUCUGUAAGGAAGUGAGGCGGGAGCUGGCUGGUGUGGCCCUGCGUGCUCCUAGGGAGGGGGGAAGGCACCCUUCUCCCUCUGCCCCCUUUUAUACACCUCUUAUCAGGUCUCGCUCACCUUUUGCCUGAACUUCAGAAGCCACCAAAGAGGCAACUUUUCCUGGUAUAGGGGAGUUCCUCCAGCCCCCUUGAUCGGUUUGGUCUGAAAGCACUGCAGAGGCACACCCUUAUGGGCUCAUCCUGGUGAAGGUGCAGGAGGGAGGGAGGAUCCUCUUCACACUUCCGCCACCGCUUGGACAAAGCUCCCUGGGAGAGAUUGGGGGUGCAUCAUUGCCUUACGAAGUCCUGAGCGAAGGAACUGGGAGUGCCCCAAGAGAAGCCCAGUGGAGGUCGUCCCACAGCCAGGGUCCCUGCAAGUGUCGCUCUCUUGCCUAUCCUGGCUCCUGGGCUGGGGCAGGGGGGUGCUUCAGGCCGGAAGCGAGGCCCGUGGAAGACAGGCAGGGUCUGUGACCUGUCCAGAGAGAGCUUGCCUAGGCCAGCCUUAACUGCAGCUCCCAUCAGCCCCAGCUUCAUUCAGUCAUUCCAGGGGGGCACCAGGUUGGCAAAGGCUCACUGAUAUGCACAUGGAAAGGGAGGCUUUUAUUCGUUUGGCUGCCCCCAUGCUCCUUCCCCCCUUUCUCUGGUGGCCUUUUAGGGCCUCUGCUCUCUUCGCCCCCUUCCUAAUAGUAAUACUCUGCCCUCCUCCCACUCCAUGCUGAGUGAGGCCUCCCAAGUGCACCAUCAGAAUAAAUGAUGCAGAUCGACAAAGCUUUUCUGAAGCAGUUAAAAAGCAACAAUAAUGCUACAUUCUGGCGUUGGACACCCCUCAGGACACCGGCUGUGUUGUUUCCUUCUUUACUCUUGCCAGCGAGUGUCCUGCCUGCGUCCGCCUCGCUUGCUCUCUGGGCCCUGCGGAGGAGCCAGACUCUGUCGGGCAGCCCGAAUCGCUCUCUUCCAACCGCCCUGUCCCUUCAACAGCCUCGGAUUUGUAGUUCCAGCAGUUACUGCAGUCGUGCCAGUGACCUGUCGGGGGGGGGCUGUGAGCUGCUGCUGUCACACACCCCCGCCACCCUUCAAGCAGCUGCCAGACUGGGGGGGGGGGAGAGUCGGUGCCAUUAGGAAAAGGAGUUGCUCAUGUAAGUGGCGAGCAAAAAGGAAGGUGACUUUAGGGAUACCACAUUGGCCUCCAUGUUAGCGUGAAGAAACGCCUGUUUCUGGAAGGAGAAGGGAGCCGCAAAUGCAUCACUGUUAACUCCAUCAACUGCUCUGAGAGAAAAGAUAUUUCAUAUAAAGGUGCUUUUUCCACAUUGAGCCCCGGAUAGAAUCGCUUCCAGGCCAUGAUGUGGGUGGUUGUUUUUUUAAAGUCUCAUCAUCCGAUGGAGAAGCAGAGCUUGAGCUCGCCUGCAUUAUUCAGGCAGAAGCAUCCGCUGCACUUGUGGCUCGCAGGGGCAGCCAGCUGCGUUGCAAAGAGGCCCCUGCAAGCUGCCCCUUGAGCGCCCCCCCCCGGGAAGUGGAGUCUUUGAUGCGGGUUCUUUGCAGGAAUGCUGAAAAUAUUCCUCAAGCUGUUUUUAAACAAAAAUUUUUAAUGUGAGGAAUAAUUAAAAAAACCAUCUGAUUUCCUACACAGAAAAGUCUGUGCUAUUCCCCACCCUCAAAAGAGAAAACUUUACUUAUUCCAUGUGUGUUAAUACUGGUAAUUACGAAUGGUUUUGUCUUCUGUCUGUGCUUGGGACUGUUCAUCUUUUUUAAAAAGAAGUAAAACUGUUUCAUCUCC